AUGGCCUCCCCCCAUUCAUCGAUUGGCUCAGAAGUUUCAGUCGACGACUCUGGCAUCAUACUGCAAGGCCUCACACUCGACUUCAUACCCAUCCAACCCGAACACAUUCCCAACCUCUACCACCUCCUCGAGGACGAAGAGAACGUAAGCCUGUUCAAGGAAACAUACGGCCGGACCUGCAACUCCAGCAACGACCUGAGAUUCAUCCUCGAGUAUCGCCACAUCCGGCCGCAGUCUCUGACCUGGACCAUAGUCGACAAGCCCACUCGGGAACCUAUCGGCUGGUGGGUCAUGCGUACCAACACCGACGACGCUUCGACUACUCAAGCCGCGUCAUUCCUUCGGCGAAGAGAACGUGUUGAGCGAGGUACCGAAUGCGUCCAUUACAUGAAUCCCUUCGUGUUCGACCAGCUCGGCUACCGCAAGUUUGAGAUCCGCGCGGGAACUCAACAAGAGUGUUCCGGUCCAACUGGUGGUCUGCAGGCGAUGACGCUCGUCGGGAUUCUGUCCCGUCAGCUGCAGGAUCUGUCGCGGAGUCAGCACAGUGACUUGUACGUUCUCACGAGAGAACAGUGGCCGGCUUUGUCAGAGGCCGUGCAGGCGUGGCUGGAUGCGAAGAUGGUCUGUAAGACCCAGCAGAGUACGGAGACGAGUUUUGCUACGCAUUAUGAUUUGCUGAAAUGA